AUGACUGAAACAGUGGAAUCAGCCGUCGUGGGUCAACUUUUGCUAAGUUACUUCUCUGCAAUUAACCUACAUUACGUAACAGUUUUUAAUUGCGGAGAUCCUGAAGAAAACCACGACCUUGUGAAGAGUUUUUCAAAUCAUGGUGUGUUUGCUGAUUUGAUCCGUUUGAGCGAUGAUACAUUCGAUGCUACACGACAUGGAGAUAAGAUAACUAACGGAUAUCGGACGAAGGUUGGUAUAGUUUUAAACUAUGAGUGUCCUGGAAGUGACGAUUUCGUUUCGAAGUGCGUUCAACUGAAAUGCUUUUCAACUUCGAAGUUUUGGCUGAUAAUUGACCGACAGGAAAACCAGACCAUAUUCGGUUUUCUUUCAACCUUAGAUUUGUUUGUGGAUGCAGAAAUCAAAGUACUCACGCACGAUGGCUUGUACGAUGUAUACAAUAAUGGUCGGUCACAUGGUGGUCGGAUAAAUGUAACGCUCGAUCGGAAUAUUAACCAGGAGUUGAGCACCCUAGGACCCAGCCGACUCGAUGAGAAGUCAAAAUAUGAAAACCGUCGUACGCUUUCGGAUUUAACUCUGAGAGUGGGAACGGUAUCCCAAAGAUUUCCAAGAUUGAAUGAUUCCAUUGAACAGAUUGUCAAGCAUUUGGAAUCGGAUACAGACCGUCACAUGGACCAUGCUCUCCGAUUUGGGCAUCGGUUGACUCAAGCUUUGCAUUCCACCUUGAGUUACAACAUACAUUACAUUCACUACGAUUGUUGGACAUUCAAUGAUUCCACUGGAGGUAUUCUGGGUGCACUGGUCAAUCAAGAAAUAGACUAUUCGGCUACCGGCUUGAUGACGAAAAUCAAAAGGAUGGAGCAUUUGGCCAGUGUCCUGAACUACAUGACCUUUGAAUUGAUGUUCAUCUUCAAAACUCCGGAGGCCACUCAACUUACGGACAAUGCCUUUAUAAGGCCAUUUCAAACCAACGUUUGGCUUAUGAUCCUGCUCACCCUUAUCCUCGGGAGCAUUACUAUGAAGCUCAGCUUCACUGUGGAAUAUAAACUUCAAGAUGCGUUCAAAGCAAAGGAGAAUCCUUCCUUCUCGGGUUUAAUCGUAGAAUUUCUCGGGAACUACUGUCAGCAAGGAUCCCAGUACAUGCCUGAAAGCCUAUCCGGUCGAUCGAUGCAACUUUUCAUUCUGCUAUGUACACUUAUGGUGUACAACUAUUACACCUCGGAAAUCGUAUCCGAUUUGAUCGGAAGCCACAAGGAGUCAAACAUCAAAACAUUAGUUCAACUUGCUGAUAGCCACCUGGACCUCGGAAUCGAGAACGUGACCUACGAGAAAGCGUUCUUCUAUGAAUCUCACCUCCCCGACGUAGACUAUCUGACGAGAAAGAAAGUCACCGAAAAAACCUUCGUCAACUCUUCGGUCGGAUUGCAACGGGUCCGGCGAGGAAACUUUGCCUACAAUUGCGAGCGGAACGUUGCCUACAAUUUGAUAUGGAAUACCUUUGAUUCCACGGAAGUUUGUGAUCUGAACGAGUUGGAGAGCAUGCCAACCCAGUUCGUUGAUCACGUGGUGCGUAAGGAUUCGCCUUUCCGAGAACUGUUCAAGGUCAAAUACACUCGGAUACUGGAGGUAGGCAUAAAGAAGAAAUUUUCCGACUACUGGGUGGCCAAGAAGCCCAAGUGUUCCUCGGGAAGUAUCAUUUCCAGUGUGACCAUUACCGGAGCGCUGCCCAUAUUUGUGCUGCUUGGAUUUGGGUUGAUGUUGUCGGCGGUGGUUUUCGGAACGGAAGUUGUGACACAAUUUGCUGUUAAGAAUUCGUGGGUGGACCGAAGCUUGGACCAGAUUGUGGCGGAUAAAAUUGUCAAAAAGAAAUUUUUAUAA